GGCUGGGCUAACGUUGGCGUUUUUCCUUUCAACUUCGGCUUGAGGCAGCGCCAUUUUGAAUGUGCGGCAACCGCUCCUGUGUGUCUGGAAAUAAGGCUGCUUGUAGGCCACCUGGCCAUCUGUCCUGGGUGUCCUAGCUUCGUUUCCAUAGAUACACGCAGAGACGUAGCCAUAUAUAAGUCUAGGCCUGUGCCCAGUACCGAGGCAAGUUCACGGAGAUGAUGUUAAGAGGAAACCUGAAGCAAGUGCGCAUUGAGAAGAACCCGGCCCGCCUUCGCGCGCUCGAGUCCGCGGCGGGCGACAGCGAGCCUGCGGCCAUGGCGCUGGCGCUGGCGGGAGAGCAGGCGCCGCCCGCCCCCGUGGCCCCGGAGGACCGCCCGGAGGAGGAGAUGGGCUUCACCAUCGACAUUAAGAGCUUCCUUAAGCCGGGAGAGAAGACGUACACGCAGCGCUGCCGCCUGUUCGUGGGGAACCUGCCCACCGACAUCACCGAGGAGGACUUCAAGCGGCUCUUCGAGCGCUAUGGCGAGCCCAGCGAGGUCUUCAUCAACCGGGACCGCGGUUUCGGCUUCAUCCGCCUGGAAUCCAGAACACUGGCUGAAAUUGCAAAAGCAGAACUGGAUGGCACCAUUUUGAAGAGCAGACCCCUGCGAAUUCGCUUUGCUACACAUGGAGCAGCUCUAACUGUCAAGAACCUUUCUCCUGUUGUUUCCAAUGAGCUUCUAGAGCAAGCAUUUUCCCAGUUUGGUCCAGUAGAGAAAGCCGUUGUGGUUGUGGAUGAUCGUGGUAGAGCUACCGGAAAAGGUUUUGUAGAAUUUGCAGCAAAACCUCCUGCACGAAAGGCUCUGGAGAGAUGUGGUGAUGGGGCGUUCUUGCUAACAACGACCCCUCGUCCUGUCAUUGUGGAGCCUAUGGAGCAGUUUGAUGAUGAAGAUGGCUUGCCAGAGAAGCUAAUGCAGAAAACUCAGCAAUAUCAUAAGGAAAGAGAACAGCCACCACGCUUUGCUCAACCUGGGACAUUUGAAUUUGAGUAUGCAUCUCGAUGGAAGGCUCUUGAUGAAAUGGAAAAGCAGCAGCGUGAGCAGGUUGAUAGAAACAUCAGAGAAGCCAAAGAGAAACUGGAGGCAGAAAUGGAAGCAGCUAGGCAUGAACACCAGUUAAUGCUAAUGAGGCAAGAUCUAAUGAGACGUCAGGAAGAACUCAGACGCUUGGAAGAACUCAGAAACCAAGAGCUGCAAAAACGGAAGCAAAUACAACUUAGACAUGAAGAAGAACAUCGUCGUCGUGAGGAAGAAAUGAUCAGACACAGAGAACAGGAGGAAUUGAGACGACAGCAAGAAGGCUUUAAACCAAACUAUAUGGAAAAUAGAGAACAGGAAAUGAGAAUGGGUGAUAUGGGUCCCCGUGGAGCAAUAAACAUGGGAGAUGCGUUUAGCCCAGCACCUGCUGGUAACCAAGGUCCUCCUCCAAUGAUGGGUAUGAAUAUGAACAACAGAGGAACUAUACCUGGCCCACCAAUGGGUCCUGGUCCUGCCAUGGGACCAGAAGGAGCUGCAAAUAUGGGAACUCCAAUGAUGCCAGAUAAUGGAGCAGUGCACAAUGAUAGAUUUUCCCAAGGACCACCCUCCCAGAUGGGCUCUCCCAUGGGGAGUAGAGCAAGUUCUGAGACCCCUCAAGCACCAAUGACUGGUGUGGGUCCCGUGAGUGGUGGUCCUGGUGGCUUUGGUAGAGGCAGUCAAGGGGGCACCUUCGAAGGUCCUAAUAAGCGUCGUAGAUACUAAACAUUAUUUUGUUCCUGACUACCUAGAAACAAAAUUCAGUGGUAUGCCUUUACACAUUUACUUGUUACUUGGAAGAAAUGGUUUUAUUGUUAAUGUGUGUGUAGACUGAAAACUUUCUUUUGUAAAACUUGAGGUUUUUGUAUUUUUCUUUAUUCAUAAGCUUUGUAGAUUAGAAUGGUAAUGAUGAUACGCAUCAUUGUGAAUGUUAAAAUGUGUUUGUGACUUUAGCUAACUAUAGCCUAUGCCAUAGUACUGUGAAAUCUAUGUAGUUACUUUAUCUCAAUAAAGAAAUCAUUUUGAGUAAUUUAAGAUGUUAUUAGUGGUAUUCUCUUAUGGUUUUACUAAGCUUUGCUGUAACAGUAAUUCCUUGGUUGCUUUAACUAAUCCCAGCCAUUUAAAAAUGCAAAAACGAUUUUGCUUUUUUUGUGCAAAUAGCCCUGAAGAUAGAAACUUAGUGAAAGCUAAUGUCAAUACAGAUACAUAGAUUAGUAUAUUUGGGGGUGGGAGUGCAUGGGAGUUUAAUUUGUGUAACCCAUUGAUGUUCUGUGAAAUUGGAGUUGCUGCCUACAUUUCAUAAAGAUUCUGAAUAUUCAGAUAUUCUGAAAAGGAUUAAUAAGGGUAUCUUUGUCCUGUGCUGCUUUUUCCAAAUAAAUCUUUUGAAUCUUGAAAAAACUGUUUGAAGGCAAAUCUCUUUUGCUUAUAAAAUAAUAUCUAGUUUUAAAUUUUAUCUACCAACAUUUAUUUGGUGACAGUAUCUAGAUCUCAUCUCAAUUAUUAUACAACUAGUGUUGAAUUUUUUUAAAGAAACAGUACUGUUGGAUUGGUAGUUACGGCAAGAUUUCCUGGGUGGUUCAUGGUUAAUUAGGCACUUCUUGAGAAAGUUGGUUUCUAAUAGUGUUAAAAGGAUAGCUUGACUCUGCAGUGUUGACAGUAUUUCUCUGUAGUUGUAAUUCUCUCCAGUAAAGUCUGUGUGAUGGUUAGGACUGUUUACAGAGAAGUGUUGAAUUUCAAAAGGGAGAGAAACAACUUCAGAAUGGAGGAGUCUUUGAAAUCUGAUUAGAUUUCUGUUCUGUCCAAUAUCAAUUUUGAAUUGCAGUGCUUGAUUUCAUCAUGUUACAAUGUUUCCCCUGAAAGUGAUAGGUACUUUUAGAAGUUUGUAUGUUUUAUGCUUUUGUUCGGAAUUGCAUUAAAAAUUACAUUAAGAAAGCUCACAUUUAAGUUGGACUACAAAGCUUAAUUCACCAGCCACUGAUCAUAGCAUUUACUUUUCACACAUUUCAGUGUGUUAAUACAUCAUUCUUUUACCAUCUUUCUGAAAAAUAUGGUGUUUUAAAUAAAUUGUAUGUAAACAGUGCCUUUAAUAUUUCCAUGGUGUCUAUUUUUGGAGGAAAGCCUAUUUUUGAAAGAAAUAGCUUUGGUUAAUUAAAAAUAAAAAGCAAUUGUUUAUAAAGCA